AUGAGUCAAAAGGCGGUGUAUGAGUGGGUGGGUCCAGAGCCGAGACAGCUCGUCACCUCCUCGGACUGUGACAACGAGUCAAGUGAGAAGUACUGUUAUCAGCUCCCGAGGGCAGUAGGGGGGAAUGACAGACCAAAAGAUGGGGGCAAGGAUUGGCCGAGAAUCUUAGGUAUAGGCCAAAGCGACUGGAGCCACCAAUCAGGAGGGUUUAAUCAGAGCAACCUGAGAACCAAGGGUAGAGAGCUAACAAUCGAGUGGAGCGAUAUAGUCGAUGCAGUUAUAAGGAGGUGUCUAGAAAAGAGCGUAGACAAAAAGAACGACGGCACCAUGGACGAAUAUCUGGGCAGAUGCGAAAGGAGGUUUUGGAGGAGCUUCAUAGGGAAUAAGACCCAUCAGCCUUGUGACAGAAACAGUGAGUGCGGAGCACUUUUGCCAAUGAUUGGUUGCAUAGUGUACUGGAUAUGGGGCACGGGGGGAGACCUGAUUAGCAAAGAAAAUAAUGUAUGGGAAAGAUGUGAAAACAUGAGAAAGGCGUACUACGAGGACCAAGAACCUGUAGUGAUCCUAAGGGACGGAGCAUGGUCAAGACUGCAGAGAAGCGGCCAAAUCUGCCAGGGCCAGGAUGACUUCAAGAAAUGUAGUGUGAGGAGUUUAGCUUUACUAAUAAGCGUUGCGGAGGUACUAGAGGAGUUUUGUCCUAGCUGUCCACAGACAGGUUUGCAACAGAUCCUGGGCGAGAAAAUAAACUUCGGCCGGUACAGAUGUUUCAAGUGUCCACCACAGAAGGAGAAGUAUGAAUAUUGUGAAGAAGUGAAAGAAUGUCCAGGCCAAGGUGAAGGAGGUGGGGGUUUCUGCUUUUGUGAUCCUUCCAAGACAGAGGAUGGACCAUCGUCCAAGCCAACAGAGGAGCCUCAGGACAAAAACCCGGAUCUAUCAAGACAGGAUGAAGCUAAACGAGUCAAGCCAGAUACACCCCCUCAGGCGUCCCAAAUGUCUGCUGAAAGCUCAGGGACAAAAACACUCCCAACAAAUUUAGCAGCACAAAUGAAAGCACAGGAGCAGCUGGACCGGAAAGUUGCGGAAAACUCCAACUCAGACAAUAACGCGAGAAGUGAUACAGGAGCAACUGGGGAAGGAGACAACUCCACGACCUUGGACAAGUACCAGGGGCCCAAAGCACUGACAGGAGACAGCCCGCACGAAAGACAACAUCGGUGGCAUCAGGAGAAUGGCAGAUACCCUAAGGAAGAAGCCAACUCGAGCAACCCGAGCGACAAGCCACAGCCCACCGCUUCAGGAUCCCUACCGCAAUCUAAUGACUCCGAGGAGCGAAAGGGAGCCAUGAUAGGACAGGUCCUUGGAGGUUUGAGUGCUGCAGUAAUGUUAUUAAUCACAGCGUAUGGAUUCUAUCGAAUAUAUGGAAAGAGAAGUAAAUCAACCACCCAGAUCUACAAAACCCACAAGAAGCGCCUGAUAGGGUAUCUAUUGCGACCGUAG